AUGGCAUGGCUGCAACCCUGCGAGAUUGCAGGACAAAGCGAUAUUGUGAAUUGUUCUUUGCCUGGUGAGGUUCUUUGCUGCAGCGCUGGUCAACCCGAACCACAGCAAGAUGCUUCGGAUAGACCUCAGGCUGCGGCUGUGAUUCUGCAGGAGCGAACUGCUAUGAUCCUUGGCAUGAAUCCACGGACACUUCGUGCGAAGCGACGGUGGUCUUUGUUUAUGUGGCAACAGCAGCGACAUUGGGCCCUUGUUCUCCAGCCUGUUGGAGAGGCUUUCAUGGCCAGGAUCGUCGAUGAUUUCGUUCACAACGCACAGAGCUGUUUUUCGAUGGAGGUACCCGCCUCCCAGGUAUUCUUGGUCUACGAGUUGCUGUUGGACCGCGCAGAGCCCUUUCUCAUGCUGAGCGUGAAGCCCGACUUCCAGACUGAUCGGAAGAACGUGCUCAGGCUCGGGCUGAGCCAACGCCUAAAUCUGCUGGAGAUACAGGCUCAUGCACUUCAGGCUUUUGGUCGUUACAAGUGCUACAGCUUCAUUGGGGCCAACUGCCAGCACUUUGCGACUGACUUCGCAAAGGGGCUCGGUGCCCUCACAAGGAUCAAUCCUGACGAUGAAACGAUUGCAUUGGCAGCAACGGACACGGCUUUGCCAGUGGGGGUUGUGGGUGCAUGCGUGGCUGCUACUGCAGCAGUGGGUGCUGCAACUGCUUCACAAGCAAGCUGCGCACCAGUCCUGAAUGUAGUGGCCGCAUCAGCUUCGGCAGUUAGCCUCUUUGGUUGCGCUGCAUUAGCUGGGGUAGCUGGAAUGUACAAACUGCUGCAUGAUCAGAACCGCCAGGGCAGCCCCGUAGCAGGAGGAGGACAGAUGAUUUUCGCGCAGUCGGCCUCAAUGUGUUUGUCCAUCGAUGGCCAAAAGCUACUGUCCAAAUCUAUGCCGUGCUUGCGCCGCUUGGAGACAAGCUCCGACACUGAAGACGAGGAACUGCAGGAGCUUGACAGGUUGCAGGCCACAUACCAUCUCCCCGAGGUGUGCAGUUGGGAAAUGUUUCUGGUUUCUGCAGAAGCUGUGGCUCUGUGCACCUUGAUUGCAGAGGCCUCAAACGCAGCUCAGGAUGACAGGGCAGAGUUCGUGUUGGCCGGCCUGGCAGCUUGCGGUGCUAUUACUCUUACAAAUCCAAUCGAUGUGGUCAAAACGCGUUUGCAACUGCAAGGCGAGCUUUCAAAAACCGGGCGUUCUGCAGAGAAAGCUUACACCGGGAUUGGCCAGGCGCUGCUGCGCAUUUCGCGGAGAGAAGGCCUGCAAGGCCUGCAGCGUGGCCUGAUGGCAGCUUACCUUCUGCAAUUCAGCAAUGUGGGCUGCCGUUUUGGUGCGUACGGCUCUCUGAAAGAGCUUCUUGGUGUGAAGCCUGGCGCAUCUGCAACAGACAGCUUGACUUCAAUGCUCUUGGGUGCCGCUUCUGGUUCGCUGGCCGCAGUGGUGUCCAACCCCUUCUUUCUUCUGAAGCAAGCCUUCGUGGAGAUUGGGCAGGCCCAGGGCCCUCGUGGCUAUUACCGCGGCCUCUCCGCCUUCGUGCCUCGGGUGGCUGCUGCAACUUCAGUUCAGUUGUCCACCUAUGAUAUCAGCAAGGACCUCAUUCUCAGAUGGGUCCAGGUCAAAGAAGGCGUUGCCACUCACUUCACUGCCAGCCUUCUGUCUGGCAUUGCUGUCACUUUGGCCAUGCAGCCCUUCGACAUAGUGGCUGUGAGGUUGAUGAACCAACCACACAAAGAGUGUGGUCGUGGAGUUCUUUACUCUGGUCCACUGGACUGCUUGAAGCAGAUGCUGCAUGCAGAGGGCCUGUUUGGCCUCUACAAAGGAGCUGCGGCCAACUAUGUGCGCUUUGGACCGUAUUGCACUCUGACAUUCGUCUUUCUGGAACAGCUCCGCCUUGCGUGGGACCGCAGGUUCGCUGAGAAUUGA